CUCCACCCCUUAGUAUGAAAUUUGGCCUACAAAAACUAAGUCUUGGAAACAAGGUGUCACAAAUGGUUGCCAAACGACCGGGUACCAAGCCUGGUACCAAAUAAGGGGGCCAAACAAGAGGGUAUCAAGUCGACAAGGCAGGCCUGAUACCCAAGUAAGAAAUUUGGCUAAGUAUGGAAAACAAGGCGACACAACAGGGUGCCAAACGGCCGGGUACCAAGCCGGAUACCAAAUAGGAGGCCAUCCAAAAGUUAAGUCUUGGAAACAAGGCGACACAAAGGGGUGCCAAACAGCCGGGUACCAAGCCGGGUACCACAUAGGAGGUCAUCCAAAAACUAAGUCUUGGAAACAAGGUGACACAACAGGGUGCCAAAUGACCGGAUGUCAACGACGGGGUAUCAAGCCGACAAAGCAGGGCUUGGUACUUUGACAUAUAAUUUGGCUAAGUAUGAAGCAAUAGGGGGUAUCAAGCCGACAAGGUAGGCUUGAUACCAAAAGAUAUAAAAAUUGGCUAAGUAUGAAAUUAAGUCUGGAUAUCAAGCCAACAAGACGAAAUUGAUAGCCAGACAUCAGGGUAUCAAGCCAACAAGACAAGAAAUUUGACUAAGGCAUGGUGACUAGCUGAGGUGGCUACCCAACUAUGGAUGGAUCGACCAGGAUGCCGAGCUCAGCCCUUAUAAGGCCAUAUGGAGACAAAGUCCAAAGACGGGCUUGGUAGCACCUUCACGCGGUGUUUGAUCCUCACUGAACUUCUAUAGGAGUAGAGUAACUUAGAUUGUUCCCAAAAACCAUCAAAAACAUCAAACACCCUCGUUCGAACAUUGUUCGGAGAGGAGGGAACCGUGUUAUUAAUCGUUGUUCGAGAAGUCAAGGUGCAAAUCAUUUAAUUCAAACACAAGUUUUUCCUCGCCGAAAAACAAAUUGGCACACCUGGUGGGACUCUGUGUGUUUGAUUUGAUGGCUCCACGACUGAGAGAACAGGAAGUUGAUAUUUCACCAGGAGUUGUGAAGGAGUUGGCGGCCAAGUUCAAAUUUGGCCAAGCAUCAGUAAGUGUUGUUGGAAACAAUGGCAUGAUUCAGAUAUUGCCACCGGCGGCACCUUGUGCCGAUGUAACCACCACUGCCAUUUCACUCCGCUCAAUAGUGGAUGAUAACUGCAAGAUGGUGGUGGAGAACCUUCAAAUGAUGGCGGAGAUUCGUCAAUUGAUGGAAGAGAGUUUGAAUGGACUUGUUAGAAGUUCACAACAGACGAGUCUAAAACUUGCUUCUUUUAGUUCUAUGUUAGAUAGACGUUUGGAUGAAUUGCUUGAAGCAACUACAGAAAAUACAAAUUGCUUGGAUAAGUUUAAAAAAUAUUUUAUAGAACCAGUGGUUCGAGAAAUUUCUUUACCAAAAAAUGCUAUAGAUCCACCACCAAGUAUUGCUACUGAGUAUACAAGUGCCCUGUUCUUCGGUGGCCGGACUACCCAGCCACGGUCAGGGAACUUACCGCCUCCGGCAAUGAGUCAACCACCUCUUCAACAAGGCGAUUAUGACAAGAAUAUUACUAACACAUUCACCACUCAUGUAAAGCAACCGUCGCCUGUGCAGACAGUUACUCUAAAAACUGUCUCAGAGGCUAGACCAUUCUUGAACAUGAGAGUUGGUGGAGGGUUACUAGCUAUGGAUGUGCUACCACAAGUUUGCCCAACCUCGUUGCUAUCGAUGCUUAAACGGUCUGGUGGAUGCAAACCACCAGGGGGCAGGAAGAGGUGCAUGGAAGCCUACCACCUGACAAGUUGAAGAUGAAGAGUCAGGCUGGGGGGCAAAUUGAUGUCAAGAAAGGUGAACAAAAUGGUGUGUCCAACAGAACACCAUAUUUGUUUCCUAAGGAUGGCAUGGGGGGCAUAUCUCCAUCUCCGUGCAGUGGGCAGGGGACAUGUCAUCAUACAUGAAGGAUGGAGUGAGUGACAAGUCUAAGUGGGUGUUGUGACAUGCUACGACACAACACCAAACUGCGACCAAGUGUAAUCGCAGUCCGGAAAUGCAGUAAAGUGGCAAGUUCUAAUUAUCAACCCGGGGUCUAGAUCUACCGCCUACUCCGUGAAUAUCUAUUAUCUAGCCAACUAAGUCGAUUGAUUGUGGUUUUAACUAAAAGCAGUAAGAAAGCAGGAAAUAAUUCGGUUUUCUAAAGCAAGGGAAGAGUCACUCGGGAAUGAGUCCCCUAGCUCCUUAGUUAGGUCACAGUUGUAAUUACUUUUGGUUGCUUUACUGCUGAUUAUACCGCGGAAGAUCCGACAGUAGCUUGGAAUCUCUUAAGCUGACCAAGCCCUCUCAGUCAAACUACCCGGCAGACGACUAGUCUUCACCGGAAUAGAACGCUGAGGCGAUGAACACAUAACUCCACUACUGGAAUUAGAUUCUAGUACAAAGCAGUGAAUCGACUAACUCUCGUAUAAUCGAUUCACUACUACCGAUUGACGAAGCUCUAACAACCUAAUCAGAUUCUAUCUAUCUCAGGUUGCAGCGGAAAUCAAUAAAAGAUUAUCAGACUUCAAUUGACUCAUUGAAAACACUACAAUCGAUUAUAAUCAAGCAAUAUCACAAUCCAAAAGUCGUUACAACAAUGAUUCCUAACACAUAGAACUAGGGUUCUUCAUACCCAAGUGAGAGAGGGUUCUACUCCAUAGAGAGAGAGAGAGAGAGAGAGGACAACUGAAUACAAAGCCGUCAUACUCAUAGCAAUGGGAAGAAUCUGCUCUGGGAUGAUGAUCUUCACUCCAAGGAUAAUUUUCAAGCUUGAUCAAUGAAACCCAACUCCAAAACCACUCUUAGGAGGUGUUCUUCGCACUUUCUCUCUUUAGGGAUCUGUUUUUGCUCCAAAAAGUUGAUUGAUUCUCCUUUGGCUCGAAAUUGGGUUAAAACCCAGAAAUUCCCGACCACACGGGUGGGCCACACGGCCGUGUGGCUUUUUAGGCGUGCCCGUGUGAGUGUGCAAAACGCGGCGUUUCGAUAAGUGGGCUUCAGCCAUCCUACACGGCCACAACCACACGACCGUGUGGAUUUCCAGGCUGCCCGUGUGAGUUCCCUAGAAUUUCCACACGGCCACAUGGGUUCCCUUACACGGCCGUGUGGGUUUUAGGCAUGCCUGUGUGACUUCCUCGGCUUCUUGCCAAACGUCCGAUCUCCGUCCAAUCGACCCCGAAAUCGUUCCUAAACAUUCAUUCACGUACUAGGACCUGAAAUAUCACAACAAGAACAACCUAGCGUGAAAUCGGCCUAAAACACGAGAAUCAACAUCUCAAACGGCUCAAGAAUAGGGGUAAAACGUGUGCAAUUACCGGUCUAACAUGUUGCCUACCCAUGCCAUCUAUAAUUUUCAUAACUUUGACAACGUGUCAAAGAGUGCACAAGGAGGCAAGGCCCCUUGUAGAAUGCCACCCAUGAAGGGUCGACAAGGGGGCAUAUCAUCAACCACAAAAAAUAGAAAGAUACACAUGCCCAAGAAGCCACAACAAACCCAAGCCACACAUGCUUGUAGUAAGAAUGGUAGUGAAGUUGAGUUUGGCAAAGGGGGCACGUCAAAAACCAUGAACAAGGCUAUGGGGGCAUGUCUCCAACCAGUGGAAAGGGGGGCAUGUCACGUACAGUGAAGAAACGAGUGGAGAAAAAGUCUAGGAGUGUUCAUCACACCCAACCCACUCAAAAAAUUUCUAAGUAUGAU